AUGACUGCUGAGAAGAGAAGUGCCGAGGUUGCUGAUGAUGAAGUGUUGAAGCGUGUGAAGUUGGAAGUCACCGGGGAUAUCAAGGAGCGGGAUGCUGGUAUUACUUUGUACUUGUCUGAUUUGCCUGGUUUUACUGGUCAGAUCAAGCAAAGGUACACUGAUUUCUUGGUGAAUGAGAUCACGAUGGAGGGUGAAGUUGUGCAUUUGGUCGACAAGGGAUUCAAAGUACCAAAGAGGAACGCCGAGCCCAAGAUGAGUGACGAGGAGAGGAAAGCUCAGAAACAGGCGGAGUAUGCCAAGCGUGAGGCCUUCGAAGUUGAAGAGGAGUUGAAAGCUAGUCUGAUUGACAUUUUUGGAGAGGAGGAUUUUAACAAGAUAGUUGAUGUAUACAAGAAUGCACAAAAGAUGGAAUCUCAGAAAUCAUUUGACGAUAAAGCUACAAGGACAAAGAUUCAUCAAUUGAUCCGCCAAGCUUUCAACAACGAGUUGGAGUCUGUCACCACUGCUGAAAACACUUUUAAGAUAGCCAGAAACAAUAGAAACUCGAGAGUCAACAAGCAAACGCUGGUCGAAUCUACCAAGGACGAGAAUGGUGUAGAAAACUAUGGUUAUGGUCCAGCAAAGGAGUUUAUUCACUUCACUCUUCACAAGGAGAAUAAAGAUACCAUGGAAGCUGUGAAUGUCCUGACAAAAUUGAUGAGAGUGCCAAACAAGCUGGUCAGAUAUGCCGGUACAAAGGACAGAAGAGCUGUUACUUGUCAAAGACUGUCCAUUUCUGGUGUCAACUUGGAAAGACUAAAUGCAUUGAAUAGAACUUUGAAAGGGAUGAUUAUCGGUGGUUACAAAUACUCUGAUGUUUCCAUGAAUUUAGGUGAACUAAAUGGUAAUGAAUUCCACAUUGUCAUCCGUGAUGCCAAGGUCGAUCCUGCUUGUGGUAAAUCAUUAAAGGAAGUUCUAGAGGCAGGUUCUAAAUCUUUGGUGGAUAACGGUUUUGUCAACUAUUAUGGUUUACAGCGAUUUGGUACUUUCAGUAUAUCAACCCACACAAUUGGUAAAGAACUUCUUCUAGGAAAUUGGAGAGCCGCCAUAGAAAUGAUAUUAUCUGAUCAAGAGAACAUAUUGCCAGCAUCUAAGGAAGCCAGACAACUUUGGGCACAGAACAGAGAUCCUUAUGAGGCAAUGAAAAAAAUGCCCAAGCAAUGUAUUGCUGAAAAUGCCAUCUUGCAUACUCUUUCCAACCAUAGAAAAGAAGAGAGUGGAGAUUUUGGUACCGGUGCUUACCAUGAUGCUAUUAUGAAGAUUCCAAGAAACUUGAGAACCAUGUAUGUUCAUGCUUAUCAAAGUUAUGUGUGGAACAAAGUAGCAAGUAAAAGAAUUGAACUUUUUGGUACCGAUAUCAGAGUAGGAGACUUGGUAAUCAUUGAAAAGGAUGAAGAUAAACAAACUGACAAGGCAGACGGUUCUACAAGCGAUGAUGAUUUUGAUGAAGAUCUCCGUUCUGCUGAUUUUAUUAGAGCAAAGGCAUUGACAGAAGAAGAGGUCAAAAGUGGCAAGUAUACCAUUGAAGACGUGGUUCUUCCAACUCCAGGUUUUGAUAUUCUAUAUCCAUCAUCUGAUGAAUUGAAACAACUAUAUGUCGAUAUCAUGGGAGCAGAUGGUAUGGAUCCUUUUGACAUGAGACGUAAAGUUAGAGAUUUCUCCCUUGCUGGAUCAUAUAGAAAUAUUAUUCAGAAACCUAAAAAUUUUGAAUAUAAAAUUAUUCAGUAUGAAGAUCCUGUUCAGCAAAUUGUCAACACUGACCUUGAGAUCCUAAAUAAUCAAAGGGCUAAGGAAAACCAUCAGAAAUACAUGAAGGCAAAGCUAGAAAGAUAUGUUCCAGACAAGCCGGGCAGUAGGACUGCUGUUGUUUUGAAAUUUCAACUUGGAACAUCUGCUUAUGCUACUAUGGCUUUGAGAGAGCUAAUGAAACUUGAGACUUCAAGACGUGGUGACAUGUGCGCUGUUACUUCUUCAACAUGA